GUGCCACUUUCAGGUCUCCUCACACUGCUGGUGUGUUCCAUUUUUUGUCAUAGGGUGCUGGCAGAUUACGGGCCUCCCAUUGCUGCUGCCAGGCCCGUAAUCUGCCAUGGGCCCCUGUACCGCCUCCUCAUGCUGCUGCCAGGUCCAGAGUCUCUCAUGGGUCCCUGUACGGCCUCCCAUUGCUGCUGUCUCCAUCGCCACACUCUGCCAUGUGCCACUUUCAGGUCUCCUCACACUGCUGGUGGUUUCCAUUUUUGUCAUAGGGUGCUGUAUGGCCUCCCAUUGCUGCUGCCUCCACCGCCACACUGUGGCUCCACACUCUGGUUUUGGCCCCGUGACUGCCCAAAUGAGUGAAGUGUGCGGUGAUUCUAAGAUCGACGGCACUCAUCUGCAUGUCAUACUG